UCCCGGUGAAGCUUCCAGCUUUUGUGCAGAAGUCAGACAAGAGUGUGUGUGUGUGUGUGUGUGUGUGGUGCUGAAAUGGGCGGCGCGCGGCUCCUUUACUCCCUGCACGUGCGUGUGUUGAGUUUACUGGGGUGUGUGUUGGUUGUAGCCUGGAGAGGAGAUGAUCAGAGAUUCAGCACCAUCACGUCACCGGAGCAGGAGCUUUACAUGGAACCAGGCCGGAGAUCAAGGAAGGUGAUUUCAUCAAUCAUCAUCAUCCUCCUCCAACCAGCAUCACACCUCCUUAUCUCCUCCUGCCCAUGUUCCACCAUCAGUCCUCUCCUGCUGUCUCGAAGGAGCUCUUCAGUCCUGUAACCGGAAGUAGGGUGUUCCCCAGCGCGCUCUCUUAUAUUUUGAUCCCACAAAAGCUCCAGACUCACAUCCAGGUCACUCCUGUCAAUAAUAACCACGGAGUGGAAUUGUGGUGUGGCUACAGCAAGAUUACUGUUCGAAUUAACCUGGAUGUGCUGAACUUCCGGAGCUCCGCCGCUUAUUUCCGGUUGGGAACAUGUCCGGCGUCACGUGCUGACGGUAGCGUGCUGUAUUUCCGGUACAACCUGAAUGAGUGUGGAAGUUCGAUCUCGGUAGUAAAGGGUCAGCUUGUGUACUCAAACGAGGUUGUGUACAGGCCGGAGAAUCAGGGGUCCGUGAUCAGAGCCGUACCGCUGAAGCUACCCGUCCAGUGUGUGUACGAUCGAUUUUAUUAUUCGUAUAAAAUUGGAUUUCUGCCGGAGUUUCGUCUGCGGUCAUUUAGAAAGACACUGUCCAGGAAGCAGGUCUUCAGUGUGUCUCUGCGUAACGACAAGUGGGAGGAACUCCCAGAAAACAGGACUUAUGUCCUCGGAGAGUCUGUGUACUUUGAAGUGGGCGUAGACGUGAUCUCGGAGGACAGGAGUGUUUACGUUGAGGCCUGUCACGUUACAGCGAGCGAGGAUUCCACCUCCACCCAGCAUUAUGACGUCAUCAGCAACUUUGGCUGCAUGGUGGACAGCAUGAGGACAGGAAGUCAGUCACGCUUCAUCUCCAGGCAGGAGAACAUCCUGCGCUUUUCACUCGACACGUUUUCCUUCUCAGAGGCGGAGUCAGAGCGUUUUUAUUUACACUGCACUGUUGCGGUUGGAAAGUCGUCUGCGAGCGUCUCGGCGAAGUCCUGCACCUACAGCGAGUCUGAACACCGGUGGGAGGAGCUGGAUGGAGAUGCUGCUGUUUGUAACUGCUGUAACUCUGAGUGUCUGCCUGCAGGGUUCACAGCGUCCCGACUCGAGCAGUUCCUGGUGAGCAGCAAGUCAUGGAGCUUCAUCCACAAAGUUUCCUCUAAAACAUCUGAGGAGUUUCUGAACACGGUGCCUGGCUUCAUCCUUUUACAUCAUCCUGAGGAGUCCCACAGGGAGGAGGAGGAGAUAUUGGCAGGGGAGGAGUUAGAGGAGGAAGUUCUGGUGGGUGUUGUAGACAUGGUGAAUGAUGAAAUAAGUGAUGAAGGGGUGGUGGAAGGAAAGAAAGAUGGAGAUAAAGAGAAGGAAAAAGAUGUGCAGGAAACCACACGACGGACUCGGUGGAGAAGUUCUCUGAAGGAAUCUGGGAAAACGAAGAGUCUUUGAAGAGGAACACGGUGCUGUUUGUCCCUGCAGCCAGGAUGAACUCGAGAGCUUGAGGUGAUGCUCCUGAGAUAAAUAAGGUGGAGAAAAAGAUCAGUUUCCACAUCCUGCUUCACAACACGACUCCUCAGGUGGAAAUCACAUAAACCUAAGUCUUCUUGUAGUUGCUCUGAGAUUCCUUUCUGUUUUUCUCUUCAGCAGUCCUGUUGGAGAAAUAAAAUCUUUUGGACUUUAUGAUGAAAGUUGUUCUCCAUGAUAUAGUUUAUCAUUUGAGCCAAGUGUCAUAAAUAAAUACAACUUACAUUCA